UCGACCGCGCUCGAGGCAGCGUCGGCACUCCGGAGAUACUCCACAGUGUACGAUUCAAGUUGUGAAAAAUUGUGCGUUUCAUACGACUGAAAUUGUGUUGACAUCGAGUUUCAUAGACAUGAUUCUGCGUUUAUUGCAUUACGGAUUUCAAACAGCGACGCAGAGAAUAACUUUUCACAAAUAAAUUAUGAUACAGUGACGAACUUGGAAGAAAAUAUAAACAAUAUACUUAAGGAAAUAAUAGUUGAUCAUCCAGGACAUUAUUAUGACCAGUAUAUCAUCAAUUGGAUUUAUGUGCCCGUUAUGAUAAGCAAGGAGCUUUGACCAAACUUUUACAAAUAGAGGGAUACCAAAGAAAAUGUGUGCCAAAAUGUUUAUGUAUAGUUUCUCCCUGUUUUCUAUUGUAAUAUCAUGGAUUGGAGUGGUUGCCGAGGAAGAGGUGUCAUCUCCGCUGCGGGUAGCGCAGUGCAGAGCAACGUGUUUACAAAAGUUUGCUCCAACGCGGCCCAAUGGGGAGUCUUCAUGUUUGCAAGGUCCCGACUGUUUUAUGUGUUGGGAAAACUGUGAGCUGCUCCAGUCGAACUAUCAAGUUUGGGGUGCAGUGUGUGACGAGAAAGACAUUUGCUUCCCUGGCUGUAAAGUCGCGUGUGAAUUCCAUUCAGAGGCAGCGCGAGCGGCGCAAACUCAGCCUGUCAUCCACACAAAGGGAGAAGGAGUGAUGCGGGUGAGUGGGGCACUCGCACGCUGGCCGCCCCCCGCGCCCCGCGCCGCCACCCGUCCAGCGCCUCUCGUCUACGUCGUCAUGCGCCGCGCUGCCGAAGGUCCAUGGCGACAAAUCAUACAAACUCAAGCUCUAGCAACCAGAGUACCUCCCAACAACGAAGGUGCCCUUCUACGCGUCCUAGUCGUCGACCCGCAAGGCCUCGUCACUAUCUACAGCCCAGAUGAAACCUGGGUAGCCCACGACACUAACACUUCCAACCAUGACGAGCAUAAGUGGACCUUGAAAGAGAUAUCACUCAUUCAUCAAAAAGUUCUCGUCAUCGGUGAAAUCGCUUGGGAGCCGAGAAUAGCUCGCGGCGUUUACCUCGUUACCUGGGAAGUCGAUGGUGGAGGUCUGAAGGGAAAUCUUUUCACAGACUCCACUCGUGUUACUUUAUCGCUGUGGCCUGAUACUAUCUAUCACAUUCAAGUGGAGUUGGUCUCUCGUACCCCUGGCGUUGACAACGAGAGGUCAGAAACAAUGACGAUUGACACGAGUCGAGCUCAGCGUGUGUCGACUGAAAGUGUCCAAGAUGUACAAGUGAGUGAAGGCGACCGUCUUAUGUCAGUUUUAGUAAGCUCGAUGCGAGGGGAACGUGUGCCCGAACGUGUCCCAGAUUCAGAAUUAGUUCUGGGCUGUCUAUCAGCUAUGAUUGCGUUUGGACUAGCUGUGAUGGCUGCUAUUGUAUGGAGGCGCAGGCGGCGAGGCACGUUUCCUGGCACCAAUGUAUACGUUGGAUCAUCUUCUGUUCUCAAGAGGAAGUUAGUGGAAGACUUUGCUCCAGCAGCACAUUGUUUCCAGCCUGUAUUGGCUCCAGCUACCCCAACUAAUGAGACCGCGUCGCGUGACGUCGUCGUGUGACGUCACAGCUUCGAUAUGCUGUCCGUAGAUGACCGCGCCUUCAGUUCCUAAACAUAUAUAUGGACGAACUAUUCGCUAAUAUAAACAGUGUUGGUGUGUAACUGGUCGAGUGUCGUUUGUGAUACUAUAAGAGUAAGUGAAUAUUCCCGGACAUGUGUAAUCGAAGGAACAUUUCAAAUUUAGUGUUUGUUUUGUGAUUUAAGUUAUUCCAAUAAACUCUAUGGAACUUAAUGUAAAGCUGUUGUAAUAAAAUUACCUUAACAUUGUGAAUUUUUGUAUGUAGAGUUAGGCGAUUGUAAAUUGAAAAAAUAUACACUUAUAAAUAUAUUUAUGAAUCACAGUAAGGUUAACACCAGAAAUAUUAGUAAUGUAAAUAUGUUAAGAAAAAAUUUGUAAAAGGUAAUUUUCUAAAAUAAUGGAUGGAUUUGUAUGGCUUGUAAAUAUGGAACUGAAAUAAGUGUAUUUACUCGUUGAUUCAAUGUUGGACGUUUUUCUUUCAUCUCUUUGGAGAAUUUCGGAUAUACGAAGCCAUGUUUUAUAAACUUAUCAAUACAUAUAAUAUUUUUACAACUAGUCCAUUAUAUCGUUUACUUAAACAUGGUGGUAAGAUUAUAUUUUACUAUGAUACAAAAUAAAUGAGGGGCUGCUGCUUAAUCGACGUUUGAUUUGAGAUUAUAAUUGUAAUGUUCUUUAGAAUUAAGACUGUAGGACUAACAACAUUUAUUAAAUCAAAUAAAGGAAACGCAGUAGCUCGCUCUAGUAAAUAAACAAUGUCUUCUUCAGCAAUAAAUACUUGUACGUACUUGUAAAUAUUUGAAGCAUCUAUUGUAAAGACAACAGAGGAAAUUAUAUUUUCUUGAACAUAAAAAGACAAGAUUAAUACUAGGAUAUGUAUUUGCGUUCGAUGUUUGAGGUAACAAAAUUAUAAAGCUGUCUACAGAUAGAUAUGUAUGGUACUCCUUGUUGCUAAGAGAGCUGUACAACAGAAACAAAAGAAAAUAACGGUCCUAAUUUUUUUGCUGAUUACUUACAUAUGCUGUUAUAUCCUCCUUAGUAGGUAUUCUAGCCUCCAUGAGAACCAUACCUGUGUAACGUUCUUGGCAAGCUAGAUGGUAGUUCAGAUUUUUGAAUAACUAUGUUGUAAUUACCUGAUUACCUACGAUAAAUCACGAUGUAGUCAUAUUUGUUUAAAGUUGAUGUUAGCUUUAAACAUUGUACUUAAAUAAUUUUAGUUCGUCUCGUAGUGGAAAGACAUAAAAAGGCCAAAAUUACUUUUGUGCUAGAAACAAAAAUAUUUUGGGUUUUUGAUGACCAAAAUCUGAGUAGCGUGUAAGUUAGGAGCUUAAUUGAAUAUUAUUUAUUUUUGUGAUUAAUUUCGUACCUUCACUCGACUUUGUAAAUAAUGGGUUACUUGCUAUAAAUGAUGGAGCUGAACUUUAAAAAGUAUAAAUAAAUAUGUCUGCCAAAUUAAAA